AUGCCACAUGGUGAGGUCACCAUCACAUUGCAGGAUGUGGAGGUUCUUCUCGGGAUUCCUGUUGAUGGUGACGCUAUAAUAGGGAGCACACAAGAAACUUGGGUGGAUGUGUGCCGGGACUUCCUUGGCUUUCGACCUGUAAAUCAAGACAACCAUAAGCAACUUGAUGGGCAGAGGAUUCUCAUCAACCGGCUUUUGGAAGAAGUUACUAAUCCAUUGCCGCCUAAUGCUGAAGAGGAUCAGUUGCAUAAGUAUGCACGAUGCUACAUCCUAGCGCUAUUGGGGGACACAAUAUUCAUGGACAAAUCCGGCGAUAGGGUGCAUCUAAUGGCAAACGAGGACAUCAGUCAGAUUGGUAGGUGCUUACUAUUGCUCCAGUACUGGGCAUGGGCCAGGUUCCCCUAUUUGUGCCCGACAGUUGAGCGUGGCCCACCAGUGGGUGCUUAUGGUCCUCCAGUACGUGGUCCACUAUCCCUGAAGUGGUUGUGGGUCCCAAAUAAGAAAAAUAGGCCCGCCCACAUCUUCAGGGACAGGUAUCGCGAGCAACUAGCUUCCAUGUUGCCAGACCAGGUUUGGUAA